CAUUUUUGAGAAUGAGUUUAAAUGACCUGUUUGUCCAGAUUUUGCAGUCCGAGCAGAAGGCGAAAGAAAGGAAAACAUUACUUAAUGAAGUCAAGAAUGAAAUUGGCAAAGUGAAAGAGCAAAUUAAGGAUGUGCAGGAAGAACGCAUCUCCACACAGGGGCAGCUUGUUGUCAAGACCCAACAUCAGACUGACGCUGAGCUGUCGGUGGUCUGGUUAAGACACAGAGAAGUCAUUCUAAGAAAUCAGUUGGCUCAAGUUGCAAGGGAGAGAGACGCCAGUGCACAAGAACUGAAAUCCGUGGAGGCCAUCCAGACUGAGGACCAAGGGGACUUCAUCCAAGAGAUUGCAGGCUUCAACCAGACUCACGGCCUGUGUGGAGCAGGGAAGAAAGAGAGAGAGUCCGAGGCUAGACAACAAUUCAGAGAGUUGAGAAAGCAAGAGGAAUCUUUGCUGAUAGAAUUAUCAGAUUACCGUCAGACCAAAACAAAAACAAGAAAACUCCAAGAAGAUAAGAAGGUGCUGGAAUCGGAGGUUAAACAUCUUCAAGACAGUUUACAAGGAUUGCAUAAGCAACUGGAUAAAAAAGGUGCUAUUACAAAGCAGCUUGAAAGGGUCAAAAGUGAAGUGGCAAGUAAACCUCAGAAUGACGCAGAGUUUUUGAGACUGCGCAGCAAACUGGAAGUUUGCCAUGACGAGGGCUUGGAAGCAAUGUGCCAGGCCUUACAGCAGGAGGUGGAUCGUCUGCAGCGCCAACGCUGGCAGCAACAACUGCAGCGACAAGCCAACCAGGCUAACGGCACCACUGCUGCAGCAGCCAGCACACAGCAGCAACGCGGAAACGCCGGCCCAAAGAAAGUACAAAAGAAACAGGUCCAGCCAAGCUCACUCUCCAUUUCCAACCAAUCUGCCGGCCCAGUCAACACUUGGAGCAGUUUCCGCGUCACGCGCCCGACCCAGCGAACCCCAUCCCCUCAGGAUGCUCACCAACAUCCCCCUCAGACCAUACCAGGCAAUGACCACCACCCUGCUGCAACUAGUGCUGCGACCAAGCCCCGCACAGCCUUCAGUAUAAAGAAGGAGCCACCAUUCCGUACUGGAGGGGUGAGCAAACCCAACUUGGCAAGGCUGACGAGAACCGCUGAGGAUGCGAAGACAGGCAAACCAUUGAAUCCAGCUCCCAAUACCAAGAGGUUUCGCUUCCGGCAGACUUUCCUCCGAGACCAACCCCCGUCAGCCACAGUCAGGCCAAACCAGCCCUCCUCCCUGGCAUUUAGUGAAAGAGCUGACAGUCAUGAUGGUGGUUGUACAACACAUGGUCUUAAUCCACCUUCUUUAUCAUCACAGUAA